AAAUGCAGCCCUCCCUGAACUCUCCGUGUCGUCUUCAAGUUCACUGUCUCCACUAUGCUCAGACGCAGCAGCGUAGUCGCCAGCGCAUUCGCGAGAAAUCUCGCUUCUGCGGGACAGAGACGUCUUGCGUCCACCAAGACGAUCAGGGAGGUACUCGAGGAGGUCGUCCCUGCCAAGAGGGCUCAGCUACAAGCUCUGAAAGCUGAACACGGGCAAGCUGUCCUGGGCGAUGUCAAGGUUGAGCACCUCCUUGGAGGCAUGCGCGGUCUAAAGGCCAUGCUGUGGGAUGCGUCUGUUCUGGAUCCGAACGAGGGUAUUCGCUUCCACGGGUUGAGCAUUCCAGACUGCCAGAAGGCCCUCCCUCCGGCUCCGGGCGGAAAGGAGAUUAUCGCCGAAAGUAUGCUCUGGUUGCUUCUGACAGGCAAAGUGCCCACCGAAGCCGAGACGCGUCAGCUGUCCAAGGAACUCGCGGAGAGAGGACAGCUUCCAAAGCAUGUUGAGAAAUUGCUCGAUGAGCUUCCUGCGAGCUUGCAUCCUAUGACGCAGUUGGGCAUGGGUGUCGCUGCAUUGAACCACGAUAGCGCGUUUGCAUCAGCUUACGAGCGGGGGAUUAAGAAGACUGAAUACUGGACAUAUGCUCUGGAAGACUCCAUCAACCUCAUCGCGAAACUUCCCGCCAUUGCCGCUCGUAUCUACCGGAAUGCGUACAAGCCUGGUACCCCCAUUGCUGGCGUUGACAAAGAUUUGGAUCUUGUCGGCAACUACGCCAAUAUGCUAGGCUUUGGUGAUAACCAUAACCUUACUGAAUACCUCCGUCUCUAUAUCGCUCUCCAUGGUGAUCACGAGGGUGGUAAUGCAUCCGCGCACACCGCUCAUUUGAUCGGCUCGACUCUGGCGGAUCCUUUCAUCGCCUAUGCAGGCGCGUUGUAUGCCCUUGCUGGGCCUCUCCACGGUUUGGCAAACCAGGAAGUGCUGCGCUGGCAGCUCAACAUGCGCAAGGAACUCGGCGAUAACCUCACGCAUGAUCAUAUCAAGGAGUUCCUGUGGAAGACCCUGAAGGGCGGACAAGUUGUCCCGGGAUACGGCCACGGUGUCUUGCGCAAUCCGGAUCCGCGCUUCACAGCUCUGUUGCAAUUCUGCGAGACCCGUCCGGAAUUGCUCGCUGACCCAGUCAUUCAGAUGGUCAAGAAGACCUCAGAGGUUGCGCCGACUGUGCUCAGGGAACACGGCAAGUCGAAGAACCCACAUCCGAAUGUCGACGCUGCAUCUGGCUGCGUCUUGUACCACUACGGCAUCACCCAGUUUAAGUACUAUACGGUCAUCUUCGGUGUUUCAAGAGCUCUCGGUGCUCUCACGCAGAUCGUCUGGGCGAGAGCUCUCGGCCUCCCAAUUGAACGUCCGAAAUCGCUUUCUAUGGACGCUAUUGAGAAGCAGAUCAAGCAGUAGUCGUCAUUUAUCAAGCUACCGGACUCGUGUUGGUGCAAACAGUACCAAUGAAAUCGGGGGUUUCAGAUGUUUUAUUCAAAGUAUACAUAGGACUUGAAGCUGUCGAUGUACCGAGGUACAACCCGAAACAAACGACUUAUAUAACGUUGGCACAAAGCAGUUGCGCUUUGAGACGGGUGGCGAAUGAAAUGGGAAGCGAAUGACCGGUCAUGCUAGGACGCCAUGGCAAUACGUGGGUGUCAAGACAACAAAAGGAUCAGAAGUCCGCCAGAAUGUUUGAAGAUUACAAGGAUACCGAUACCAAGAAACGCCAUCCCAGCUGGAAAGCAAGAACUUGUGAAUCUGUGAAUAUUAAUGUCCCAGAAAGAGGUGCAAGUGAUCAGAAAACCCGAGAGUAAAAGAGAUGGGACCAGGUAAGGGAAGCGAGGCAGAUACUUAGAAUCGGUUGCCGGGCUGAGGCGGGGGGCCGCCGCGACCAGGUCCCGGGUAGCCGCCGUGCGGGGGUGGCGGUCCUCCAGGGCCAGGACGGGGACCAGGAUAGCCUUGGCCUGGGCCAGGCACUGGGUAUCCUUGAGGCAGUGGGGCGCCGUAUCCUGGAGCGGGACGGGGCCCACCAUUGGGGUAUCCUUGGGGUGGUAUGCCCUGCAGGGGCAUAGGACCGCCGCGCCCGCCGGGCGGGGAAAUCGACAUCCCCUGUGGCGGCAUCCCUUGAGGUGGUGACAUCGGACCCCCACGGCCAACAGGUGGCACCGAACCUGCGCGCAUAGGCUGCUGCGGUCCUGGCGGUGGCGCAGCACCAGGAUCGCGAAGCGAGAUAGGUGUACGGCCGUUUGGUACACCUGGAGGAACCUGAGAGCCUGAAGCUCCUGGGGUGGGAGGGUUCUUGUCCGCUGCUUUGAUAAUCUCGUCGCUGAGAUGGGAUAGUGUUAGCAUUGAUUAAGACGCUUGAACACAUAUCACUUACUCGAGCAAGUUCAAAGCGGCACAAAGUACCACCCAUUCGACACAGUCUUCGUUGCCUUCACCAAGCGUCUGCCAGACCGCCUUCUCCUCGGGAGUCUUGCCAGUGAUGCUGAUUCGAGUUCCACCACCAUUUGGUCCUGGAGGAUUCUUUUGGAUUUUGCCAAAUUCGAUACGCUUGGGAGGUAUGUUAUGUCCAGCAUAUGCAAAAUAGAACAUGCUCCAGAAUGCAGCGUUAGGAUUAGGUUUCGAGAUCUGGAAGAGCGGAAGAUCUGCGGAGUCUGCAGAGGGCAAGGAAAGCUUAUAGAUCGGGGACAGGACGCCUGUAUUGGUUAUCGACCAUUUCAGGUUGCGUGAGGCCUCGCAGCGGACAACGCGUGAGCUGGAAGAGGAAUGGCCAGGGUCCGAUGCCGUCGCUUUGCCUGGUCCUGCAUUACCUCGUGGCGGGAAGAGCUUUGCGACACACAGAUCGCCUUGCGGAGAUGGUGUUAGAAGAUAGUUCUCGGUGUUCUGGGUCAUCUUGUGAGUGGGGGGAAAUGCUUGACGUCGAGCAUCGGACUCACGUAGUUGGUAUGCAGGUACGAAUACAAGAUAUUGGAAGGUUGGCCUGUGCACAAGGUAGGUGACCGCGUUAUACCAGGCACACGAGCAGUGCAUACCAUGGGGUGUGACAAUCAACGUUGGCAGGUGGUUGGGUAUUGGUGGGUGUGUCGGCGACGUGUAUACGGUAUAAAUAGCUAACGCGCAGGGC